AUGGCCAAAACCAGAUCUAAAGGGUCGGCUUCGCCGGUGGUUGAUAAGGUUCAACGUUCCUCUAAGGUAACGAAACCCCAAAAAGCAGCUAAAAAAGUAGAGGUGAAAGCACCUUCUUCUGAGGUAACGACCACUGAUGUGCCAUCUAGUGUUGUUAUUCCUGAAAAAGUUUCCAGAAAAGCUUUAUCGGAAUUGACAAAAUUUUUGUUACGAGAGGGAAGUAAAUCCACACUCUCCGAUCGAAAACUGCAGUUGUUUGAGGACGACGAUACUAGUGAUAGGACAGCAUAUCUUACAAUAGAGUCCAAGAAGUUUUUCAGUGGAAAACCACAAUUCAAACCAAAAACCAUUAAGCUCACUAAACCUAUAUAUAACGAGAGCGACGUGAAAACGUGUUUGAUUGUACGUGACGAAAUUGUGAAAAGCAACGGGGAUAUUGAAAAAAUCGAAGAGGCGAGCUUGAAUACUCUUGAAAACAUUUUACCCGUGAGUGUGAUUAAGACAAACUACAAGUCGUUUGAAAGUAGACGUCAGCUUUACUCUGAGUACGAUCUAUUCCUAGUAGAUGAUGCAGUUCUCAAUUCCAUGCCCAAAUUGCUAGGAAAAGUUUUCUACAAGACAAACAAAAUACCGAUCCCAAUCAGAGUCACUACGUCAUCUAAUAAUAAAGAGCUCUCUCUUCAAACUUUGAAAAAUCAAUUAGAAAAGUGCUUGCACAGUACUCAUUACUUGCCGCCACAGGGAACAAUUAUUUCCAUCAAGAUAGGAUAUAUAAGUGGAGAUGACGAUGGAGAAAAAGAUGCGCCGGUAUUUUCAAAGGAAGACUUGGUCAAGAAUAUAAAUGAUGUUGUUUCAGCAUUUGAUAUAGAUACAGUGAAAACCAUUAUGUUAAAAACAGUGACAUCGCCAGCAUUGCCAUUGUUCUAUACUGACAAAUUAUACGACGAGGAUUUAGACGUUCUCAAAGAAACACCGAGCGAUAAAGAAGUUGAGAAGACGAGCAAAGGCGAACUGGCAUUUGAAAAGACAUUAUUGGAGUUGGCAGAUGCUCAAACUGUUGGUAAAGUACUUGGUAAAAAGUUGCGUGAUGAUAAAAAAAAGAAGAAAUCCAAGUCUAUAAAAAAAUCAUCGACUAAAUCUAUCAAGGACAAAGUCCAACAAAGCGAGUAA